AUGGGCAAAACUAACAAGGGCGGCGACAAGGGGGGUAAAGGCAAGGGAGGAAAGGAGAAAAGCGAAAAGACCAAGGAUAGUAAGGACGCUGGAGGCGGCAAGGCAAAGGGUGCUCAGAGCAUCAACGUCCGCCACAUCCUGUGUGAGAAACACGCCAAGAAGGAAGAGGCCCUGGCAAAGCUCAACGAAGGCGUCAAGUUUGACGAGGUCGCGCGCGAGUUCUCCGAGGACAAGGCGAGGCAGGGCGGUUCGCUUGGAUGGAAGACCAAGGGUAGCCUAGACCCAAAGUUUGAGGAGGCAGCUUUUGUCCUUGAGCCAAGCACCACGGCCAGCCCCAAGUUUGUCGAGGUCAAGACUGAGUUUGGGUAUCAUAUCAUCAUGGUCGAAGGACGAAAGUAG